CGCUGAUUUCUCGUCUCUCUGUUCAUAAUAAAAAUUGUCAAUAUCUUUGCUCAGAAAUUGGCUAAGGCGCUGCAACUAAUUCUUAAGAGCGCGACCAGGUUGUGCAAUUCGUGUGUGUUCGUGAGUGUGUUUCUGUGUUCGUCUAGUGUCCAGCGUACUCCUGGCCGUCUGCUUGUCCGUGCGGGGAGAGCAAAAGAAUUGUGCAAUAGGCAUUCCCCUCCACAAAAAUCGAAGGAUUUUGUCGUCGCGAGAAAAUGUGAAACGUGAAACUGCAGCCAAUACCCCAAACAGCGGCAGUCGACGAAAGUCUAUCAAACAUGUGCUUGGUGGAGCAUGCGGGGGACCAGCAGAAGCAGCCUUCAUCGCCAGUGACGUCUUCCACAACAUCAUUCUGCUCAAAUCGCAAUCGCAACAACAAUCCCUCCCCCUCCAUUACCAUAGUAAACAGCCAGCAGCAGCAGCAGCACCACCAUCAUCAGAGCCUGCGUAGUGGCGCCAGCACCUCCACUCCUACUACCACCACCACAUCGCCGACCUUCAAUGCGAAAUACAGGCGAAAAUGUUUGCUCCUGCUGACGCUGCUCCUCUUCCACGGCUGCUUCAGCGGCCUGCAUCGGGCCAGCGCGUACAAUUGCACGGCGCACGGGAGUCGCUGCCAGAACGACGGCCAGUGCCAGGAGGAUGGCCAGUGCCUGUGCGCUGACGGGUGGCAGGGGCCCGAGUGCCAGUUCUGCGGAGGAAAAGUGCGCAUGUACCAUCCCAUGGGGACCAUACACGAUGGUUGGGGCAACUAUUCGGUGAGUGUCAAGUGCAGUUGGCUUAUCGAUGCCCGCCACCCGCACUGGGGACGGCGACAUAAUGCCAAUUCGCCAAGAACAUCCAAUAUACGGAUUCACCUGCGGGAAUUUGCGACGGAAUGCGGCUGGGAUCACCUCUACAUAUACGACGGCGACAGCGUGGACUCGCCCCUGCUGGCGGUCUUCAGCGGCCUCAUGUACAGGGGGAACUUCUCCAUACGACACGUGCCGCAGGUGAUAGCCAGAUCGGGCACUGCCCUGGUGCACUUCUUCAGUGACGAUGCCUACAACAUGUCUGGCUUUAAUCUAACCUACAAAAUGAAUGGCUGUCCAACGGAUAGCGAUGAGGUGGAAUGCUCAGGGCAUGGCAAGUGCCGGGAUGGCGACUGCAUCUGUGAUCCCAUGUACAGGGGCGAGGCCUGCAAUAUGGCUGCCUGUCCGGGCAAUUGCAUGGAAGAGAAAAACCAAGGCCACUGCAGACUGGAUCAGGAGCGCUGCAUCUGCUACGAUGGCUUUGCUGGCGAUGAUUGUAGUCAGGUCAGCGCCCAUGGCGCCUGGACCACUGUACAUCCCAAGCAUUCACCGGCGCCGGCGGGCAGCGCCUCCCAUGGCGCCACCGUCUGGCGCGACACUCUGCACAUUGUGGGCGGGGAAUCGUAUGGACGCGGCGAGCUAAUGAGUACCUAUGACUUUAACGGCAAUGUGUGGGAGACUGUACAUCCGGAGGAUGGCGGCGAGGUGCCCGACAAGCGCUAUGGCAGUUCCACCGUCAUGUACGGCGACAAGAUCUUCAUGUACGGCGGCGUCAUCAAGGGCCAGGGCAUCUCCAAUGAGCUGUGGGCCUUCGAUGUGUCGGCCAAGACGUGGGAGAACAUCACCGUGCGGACGGACGCGUGCAACGUGACCACCGGGCCAAGUGGCAUGUGCGGGCCCCUCCACGUGGUGGGGCACACGGCCACGCUGGUCCCUGGCUUCGGGGACAAGAACAACUAUCAGUAUAUGGUGGUCAUAUUCGGGCAUUCGCCCCACUAUGGCUACCUCAACACGGUGCAGGAGUUUAACUUCGGAUCACGUGAGUGGCGCAUCGUCCAGACCUCUGGCUUCGUCGUAAAGGGAGGCUACGGACACAGUGCCGCCUACGACUUUCUCACAGAGAAGGUCUACGUGUACGGCGGCAUUGUGUCGGAGAGCGAGUCCAGCCAGGUGCUGAGCUCGCGGCUGUACGCGUACGAGCCCUCGACACGCAUCUGGAGCCUGCUCUCGUCGGCGCCCAGUGCCCGGCUGCUGCACACCGCGAACUUUGUGAACCAGGGCCUGAUGAUGGUGUUUGGGGGAAACACGCACAACGACACCUCCACGAGCUACGGCGCCAAGUGCUAUAGCAAGGACCUGCUCGUCUAUGACGUCUACUGUGAUUCGUGGCACUUCCAUCAGAUGCCCAGCUACCUGCAGGCAGAUCUGGCUCGCUUUGGCCACAGUUCGGUGGUGUUUGAGGACGCUCUCUACAUCUACGGAGGAUUCAAUGGACAGCUGCUCAACGACAUAUUGCGCUACCAGCCGGGAUACUGCAGCUACUACACCAAGCAGGAGAAAUGCACCAGCGCCCGGCCCGGCAUCAAGUGCAUCUGGGAUGUGCAGAAGAUGCGCUGCAUUUCGAUCACCCAGGUGCAGCGAUCGGCCAUUUAUGGCCGCGAGCAGUACGACUAUGUGGCGUGCCCCUCGAAGAGUCGUCUCACCAUGACCUCGGAGCUGCUGCACGACGUCCUGCGCUGCCAGGAGCUGGGCAACUGUCAGUCGUGCGUCUCGACCGCCUUCGAUUGCACAUACUGCGGCAAUGGGGUGUGCAGCAAGGAGCGCUGUCGGGAGACCACAUCCGUGGCGUCCGUCUUCCUCGAGCUGUCGACGACGCACCAGUCCGUGCCGCAGGUGCCGGCAUCGACAGUGGGGCCCCCGCUGAAUGCCAAGCAGUUGGUAGCCUGUCCCGUGUCGGAGGAUUUCCUCAUGCAGUCCGUUUGCGAGCAGCUGCACAACUGUCGUGCCUGCUCCUCGAACGCGGCCUGCAAGUGGGACACAGAGCAGAAUCGCUGUCGCAGCCAUGGAUCGUCCUCCACAGCCGGUGGGCCGGUGUCCAAUCGCACGCAGGACGAUGUCGUCUGUCCGCCGGCGUGUGCGACGCUGACCAACUGCCAGAACUGCACGGAGGAUGAGUGCAUUUGGUGCCAGAACGAGCAGCGGUGCGUGGAUCGCAAUGCCUACACGGCCAGCUUCCCCUACGGCCAGUGUCGGGAGUGGACCACCUUCACUGCCAAGUGCCGCUCCUCCCCGGUGACGGCACUGAGCAUCGGCACCACCACGGCCCUGUCGAGUGCCCAGUGCGGCUACUACAACAGCUGCCAGCAGUGUCUCGACGAUCCCGCCUGCGGCUGGUGCGACAACGGCUCCAACACGGGGCUCGGCCGAUGUGUGGUGGGUGGGGCCCUGGCACCCUACGACGAGACAGAGUGCGCCCUGAAGCACUGGUUCUUCACGUCGUGUCCGCGCUGCAAUUGCAACGGUCAUUCGGUGUGCAACGAUCAGCAGCACUGCGAACAGCCGUGCAACAAUCUGACGACGGGCGUGCAUUGCGAGAAGUGCCGGACGGGAUACUGGGGCAGUCCCAUCAACGGGGGGAAGUGCCAGCGCUGCGAGUGCAACGAUCAGGGCGUCUAUUGUCAUCCGGAUACUGGCAAGUGCUACUGCACCACCAAGGGCAUUGUCGGCGAUCAUUGCGAGAAGUGUGACUCCCAGAACCAUUACCAUGGCGAUCCGCUCAAGGGCUCGUGCUACUACGAGCUCACCAUCGACUACCAGUUCACUUUCAAUCUGUCGAAGAAGGAGGACCGCCACUUCACCCAAAUCAACUUUCGCAAUUCGCCCGGCAAGCCGGAGAUCGACGCGGACUUUACGAUUACCUGCAGUGUGCCGGCCAAAAUGGACAUUUCGGUGAAGCGAGCCGGUUCGCCAGACAUGCUCAUUUUGGUGGGCGUCAACUGCUCGACGUUCCGCCAUCGGUUCCCCAAAACCGAAUAUCAGUUCGGUCACUCGCCGGAUGACAAUAGCUCGCUGACGACAUUCUAUGUGUUUGUGCAUGACUUCCAGCCCCCCAUCUGGAUUCAGAUUGCAUUCUCCCAGUAUCCCAAGCUCAAUCUGCAGCAGUUCUUCAUUACGUUCUCCUCCUGCUUCCUGCUGCUGCUCCUCAUGGCCGCUGUGCUGUGGAAGAUUAAGCAAAAGUAUGACAUGUUCCGGCGACGGCAGCGUUUGUUUGUCGAAAUGGAACAGAUGGCCAGUCGACCGUUUUCACAGGUGCUCGUCGACAUUGAAAACCGCGAAAGUAUUGAUCUGAGUCUAACGCUGGAGGGCAUUGGCCAUAUGUCCAAGAAACGCAAAAAGGAAUGUCCCAGUCCCAUUGCUUUGGAGCCUUGCUGUGGCAAUCGAGCGGCUGUGCUCUCGCUUCUAGUCCGGCUGCCCACGGGUGGCCAAUCCCAAGCGCCGACGGGUCAAUCGAACGGCCUGGCCGUGGCCAGCGCCUUAGUCACGCUCGGGCCGCGUCGUCCGUCGAUGGAGCAGCAUCCCAAGGAGCCAAAAUCGAAACGCAAGCAGAGCCAGCACCCGGAGAGUUGUACAUAAUGUAACAAUAACGCUAAUGCAUACCUAUAUAAUUCUAAUUAAUUCUAUAAUAUAAUAAUAAUGAUACAGAUAAUAAUUUUGAUAAUAUGUAAAACUAGCGAUAAUAGGUAUAUAGCGCAUAUUUGACCUUCUUCUACGAGUACUAAACACGCGAAGGGCAUGGUAUGCAUGCUAGAGCAAGUUGAUAAUCCUGCAGUUAUUAUUACUUUAUAAACGAUUAGACGAAUAACAACAAAAGCAAAACAAGAAACGCGAGAAACAACAAAACAGAAAUAAUAGUAAUUUUUUUAGCAGAAAGGACAUAUUUAUACACGGUUAUAUAUAUAUACAAUUUAAUGAUAUAGUUGAUAGGUCGAGUAGCGUUGCAAUAGUUAUAAAUGUUUAAUUUAUUAUUUAUACCGC